AUGCGCCCCGACAAGCCGCGCGAUCCCGUUGCCGGUCCCGAUGCAGGCCCAGAGACACCCUACCCAGUCCGAUUGUCAGGCCCAGUGAUUAAAGGAUUUGGCCGGGGCAGCAAAGACCUAGGAAUCCCAACCGCCAAUAUCCCCGCCGAUGAUCUCUCCGACAAACACCCCGAGCUGAUCUCGGGCGUCUACUUUGGUGUUGUGGCGCUAGACCCUAAGACAUAUCACCCCGAUUCUUCAACUCCCGAGGCUGUUAUUCUGCCCGCGGUACUGAGUAUCGGAUAUAAUCCUUUCUACAAGAAUACUGUGCGCUCGGUGGAAAUCCACAUCAUGCCCCCUCUGAAUGAACCAUCGCCUACAGCUGCAGCUGAAGGACAGACCAAAUUCAACCGCUUGCCGGACUUCUAUACGACGAAGCUCAAUCUCUUGAUUCUGGGUUACAUUCGUCCCGAGUUUGAUUAUGUCUCGUUGGAGGCGCUUGUGGAGGAUAUUCGACUUGAUUGCGAGGUUGCGCGUGAGAGCUUACUGCGUGAUUCUUAUAAGUGUUAUGUUGUUGAUGAUGAGAAGGCGACUGGGAAGGUGACUGAGGAUCGGAGGUGGUUGAUGAGUUUUGAGUGA